AUGGCGCCCACCAUACCCAAAAAGCGAAAUUCUAUCCGCGCGAAAGCUUCUCAAGUAGGCCCAGGUGUCCACGUUCCUCCUCCACUCCGCGAAGGCGCCGUCAUAUCUGAUUCAUUCAUCGAUUCCAAAAAAGACAAACGAAUCAUCAAACAUUCCGCCUUCGUCAGUCGUAUCGAAAAAGUUAAUUCCACACCUCUCAAGCGCAGGCGACCAAAUAAGAAAUUGGUGACGACAUUAGAGAGUCUCGCAGAUGCAUUACCUGAUUUUGAGGGCGAGGGUCUGGAGAAAAUUAGCAGAGGGGAGAGUGGGAAGAUUAAGCAAAAGAGUUUGAAGAGUCGACCUGGAGCGACGAAAAAGAGAGAGAAGUUGGAGGCGAUGGAGAGAGAGAGAUUCGGAAAGAAUAUGGCGCAAUUGGCUGGUGUGGCGGAAGAGAAACCAACGGAUGCUACUGCUGUGAAUGGUCAAGAGAUACCAGCUGCUUCGGGGACGGCGAGUAGAUGGGCUGCGUUAAGGGGAUUUAUUUCACAGACGUUGGAACAGAAGGAGGAGUUCAAGAAAUCAUAA